AGCUCCCGUGUUGCAUUAUGGGAAAUAAAUGAUUGACACGGCAGCCAUGUUCCCGCUGGACUUCUCGCUUUUGUGGGUACUACGUGAUAAAUAGACGUCCAGAUAAACGGAAUAACAAGAAGACACUCAAAAAUCACUUUUCCGCACAGGAAUCCUAAGGUGCCAUGGCCCGUACCAAGCAGACUGCCCGUAAAUCCACCGGAGGUAAGGCUCCUCGUAAACAGCUGGCCACUAAAGCUGCCCGCAAGAGUGCCCCUUCCACUGGUGGAGUGAAGAAGCCCCAUCGUUACAGGCCCGGAACUGUGGCUCUGCGUGAGAUACGUCGGUACCAGAAGUCCACUGAGCUGCUGAUCCGCAAGCUGCCCUUCCAGCGCCUGGUGAGAGAAAUUGCCCAGGACUUCAAGACGGACCUGCGUUUCCAGAGUGCGGCCAUUGGAGCUCUGCAGGAGGCCAGCGAAGCAUACCUAGUGGGCCUGUUUGAGGACACCAACCUGUGCGCCAUCCAUGCCAAGCGUGUCACCAUCAUGCCCAAAGACAUCCAGCUGGCACGCCGCAUCCGCGGGGAGCGUGCUUAAGCAGCCCAACCCCCCCCCUCCUCUCGCACCCUACUCUGUCUGUUGCCCCCCUCCUCUUCCUCUGUUCAAUCCAUCUUCCCCCUCCUUUUCUGUCUUUUGUAGUUGUAGUGUUAAUGGUGAUUAUUAUACACAAGAAUAAAGUGUGUAGUUGUGUGUCUCUCUCGUAGUGCUCUCGGCAGCAGACUUUUUACGGUACUCUUUUGUGCAUGUACCAGCAUGUGUUGCUGAUCAGGUCCACAUAGACACCCACGCCCACAACGGCAGGUCUUUUGCCCCCCGUAACUUUCAGGGCGCUUGCUAUAGCUGACUUCUCUGAUGUUGAGAGGGGUUGAGGGCAGAUUUUCACAGGUUGGAUGUGCGUUUUGUUUCUUCUAAGGUUCUAAGAAUCUUCUCUAACAAGGUUCUAAGAAUCCUCUCUAACAAGUCAGGGGGGCUCAGGACUCAUCUGCUUCAGGAGUAGAAACAUCUUCUGCCGGGUGCUAGAAAAUAGUCUGGAUUUCUUAACCUUACCAGAACACAUGUCAUGUCACAGCCGGAUAUGGAGUCUUUUGUUGCUGUGAGUGUGUGUGUGUGUCUGUGUGAAUGUCAGAUCAGCAGCACACAUUUUAUUCAGAGUCAGAGCAUCUCUUGAGCAAUUGUUUAUUUUAUUGCAAUAUUGACAAUUACUGUUAUUACAUUGGUGUGUGAUUCCUGUUUUUGAUAUAAAGUACAUGCACGGGCUCCUUUCAUGAUAACCCAAAACAUAUGUAAAGGAAAGAGAUGGAGCAAAUUUCAAAAGAUAAGAUUUUUUACCAUUUUUUGACAAAGAAUAAAAAAAAUUAAAAAAAAUCAAGUUGUCUUUAUUUUCCGAAAAGACAACAUCUGAAUAAUCUUGGCCAUCAUAGGGAGAGCAAUAGCUUCAUUCCCUGUCAAAUUUGACAAUACUUUGCCUAUUCUCCUCUCUUUCCAACCUUUAAUUCGGUGGUGAAAUAAUUUGUGUUGCCAGAUCAUGCAUCCUGAAAUGCCAGGCUUGUGAAAGGGCGAUGUGUCUGUCCUCUCCACUUAGUUCCCCACUCUCCCCAAGCCCCUUCUCUGCUCUGUGUGGUCAGAAGAAGUCCGUAGGGCAUGUCGUUUCCCAACGUGCGGAUUAAGCGGAGAGAUGUCACCAUGUGCAGUGUGUUGAGAUGAAGAAAGCUACUUUCUUCAGUUUGAGGUGGUUGUUAUGGCUACGGCCUCAGUUUGAGGUGGUUGUUAUGGCUACGGCCUCAGAGAUCACUUUGUCUUUGUUCCACUAGAUCCUGAAUUACUCAGGUUGACGUGACAACCUUUUUAUCUAAUAACUUUAAUAUUUUAUCUGAAUUUGAUGAUUUUUAAUUUUGUUUAGUUGUGGUUUUGUUUUCUUUUGUUUGGGGAAAUGUUCCAAUGUUUAAAAAAAGCGGAUCUUUGUUCAUUCAAAAAUUCUCAUAAAAGAUAGAUAAUAAAUGGAUGUCACACA